CACAUUUGUUUUCAUUGAAGGAGUUUUUGAAUUAAAAGAUUUUAUUUUUCUAUUUAUAAUAGUUUUGUAAUUAAUAAUUAAAACUUAUUUAUAAUUAAUUUGUAAUUAAAACUCGCGUUAAAUAUAAGACACGGUUUGGUAUCACACGUGAGACACCGGUUGGGCAGACAAUGGCCACAGCGAUGGACAACAACUCCGAUACUCACCGACACGUCGAGAGUCUGUACCUGAAGACCGAUCCGACCGCUCGUCCGACGGUCGCCAUCGACGGCGCCGACCAGAGGAAGACCAUUGAAUGUCUCAUUUGUCCCAAAUUGGUUGCCAUCGGACCGACGGAUGAGUCGUUGAGUUAUUCACUGCAAACACAUCUCUUAACGGAUCACAAGUUUAUGAUCGCAGACAUCGACACAAUCGCCGAUUUGGCCAAAUAUUGCGAUCACUGGCGGCCGAAGUUCGCCCCCACUGUCGAUGGCCACGACUGGACCCGAUUCUGUGUCGCCAUUAACACCAAUAGUGGUCCCAAAGACGUGGCCGAACGCGAGACCUAUUACAUGAUCGGUGGCAGCGCUCAGGAGUUCCCCGAAGACACGCGCGUACGCGAAGGCCUGCGACAGUCGAUGCUUGACUUAAUACUACUGCAGUCACAGUCGGAGCGCAACGACACUGAGUUCAGUCGACAGUGCAUUUUCUGCCGCAAAGUGUUCACCGAAAACCGGGCCAAUCUGUUCGCCCAUUUGGCCGCAGAUCACGGCCUCAAUGUCGGCAAUCCGGACAACAUUGUCCACUGCCGGGAGCUGUUGGACGUGAUCGACAGGCGGGUGACUGCACUGCAGUGCCUGUACUGCGAGCGUACGUUCAAGUCGUGGGCGACGAUGAAAGAGCACAUGAGGAAGAAGGGUCACCGGCAGCUGAACCCCGAUAACAGGGAUUACGACAAGUUUUAUUUGAUUAACUACUUGUCGCCGGAGAGGGACUGGCGUGACGUCAAGCGCGAAGUGGACGUCGAUGUGAAGCCCGACGGCGCGGACGACGGCUGCGACGCCGACGAGGAGUCGGAACAGAACGAGUGGAACGACUGGUCAGAGUCUGAUCCCAAGGAUCAUCACUGUAUUUGUCUGUUCUGUGAGUUCGCCGCCGAUAUCGAGCCACUGAAGGCACACAUGAAGACUGUCCACGACUACGACAUCGACACCGUUCUCAUCGACCGAUUGGAGGACUUUUAUAACCGGAUUAAAGUGAUUAAUUACAUGCGCCGUACGAUUCAUGAGUGUCGGUGCCAUUACUGCGGACAACGGGCCACCACUCGGGACAGUCUUUUAGUGCAUUUAGAGUUUUCCGGACACUCGAAACUAUUGCCCGACGAAUGCGAUUACGAUUCGCCCGACAAUUACUUCCCGACCUAUGAAAACGACAAUUUGCUUCACUUUCUCGACAACACCGCCGAUGAAGACAAUUCAGCCGCCGUUGAGGCCACUGACGGCUAGACUCGGCCGACAGAACCCCAGUGACCACCGAGUGAUUCAAUUCGUGAAAUUAAAUAUUUAAAUGUGAAUUAAUUUGUUUAUUAAUAAAUUACUCUUAACUUUGCGAUCAA